CGACUCGCUAUUACAACCAAGACAGAUCGUGAUAGUAGUUGGUCGAAAUUUGUUCGAGAUAAAAAAUUAAAAGUAAACGCUAACUUGAAUUUUAUCAAUUUAAAUCAGUGAUACAUACGAUGGUCGAUCAAGAGGAACUCGAUCGUAUUUACGAUUAUGUUUUGAAACUUACUAUCGAAUCAGGAAAGGUAAUACGAGAGGCCAUUGAUAGAUCUAAUAAAAAGAUCGAAACGAAAGCUGCCGAUUGGGAUUUGGUAACCGAAUACGAUAGAAAGGUUGAAAAAAUUUUGAUCGACAAUCUUACCAAAGAAUUUCCAAAGCACAAAUUUAUCGGUGAGGAAACAGUCUCAAUAACGAAAUCUAUACCAGAACUGACAGAUGCACCCACGUGGAUCAUCGAUCCGAUCGAUGGAACGACCAAUUUCGUUCAUUCUUUUCCCUUUACUUGCAUAUCGAUCGCUUUGUCCGUGAACAAAGAACUCCAAUUGGGAAUCGUAUAUAAUCCCGCGUUAGAACAAUUGUUUACAGCUAAGAAAGGUCACGGUGCAUUUCUAAAUGGCAAACCUAUAAAAUGUUCGAAUAUAAGAGAUUUGGAACAUUCUUUGCUAUGCUUGGAAGCUUCCUUUGCAGCAAUAGAAGAUAUCAGAGAUAUCGUCUUUGGUAGACUCGAGGCAUUCGUUACGGUAGCUCAUGGUAUAAGAACAAUGGGUUCAGCAGCCUUGUCACUUUGUUAUGUGGCUAUGGGUGCUAUAGAAGGUUAUCAUUCGGACAAUCUAAUGCCUUGGGAUAUAGCAGCAGGUGUACUAAUUAUCCAAGAAGCUGGUGGUACAGUCAUCGAUACAAAUGGUGGAGAAUUAAAAAUAAUAGCUCCAAAGAUAGUGGCAGUUGGUAAUACAAAGUUGGGCAAUGAUUUAGUCAAACUGAUCAAGCAUGCGGAUUCUAAGACCCAUCUAAGAAGAUCAAUACUUAAGGCCACAACGUAAUACUUUCUAAGUUGUACGCGAACAAGAUAAUAGAAUUAUCACCUUUUCUUAAAUAACGAUAAUUGUUAAAAUGACUGCUAUCUUUCCAAAGUCUUACUAGUUUAUAAAGAGCAGCGAGACUGUUCUAUUCGAUUUAUUGAUAACUAUUGUAUUUUAUCGUAAAGUGUUAUCAUAGUUUAAAAAAAAAAAAAGAAAAAUAUAUAUAUCUGUGUGUAUGUACAUAUAUGCACAUAUACACAUUGCAAAAAUUCGAUCAAGAAAGCAGGUAACAAUUUAAAUAAGCGUUCUACUUAAAAAAUAAUAUGAAAACUCGAUAAAAAAUAAUCUAAAGAUUUACAUUUUGUACGAAACAAAACAAAAAAAAAAAAGAUCAAUCUUACCAUAAAUAAAUGAAUAAUAUACAAA